CCAGAGGAAGCCCAGAAUACCUCCCAGAAUGUGGACUCUGUUGUCAGCCACCUGGCUCCCUCUAAUAAGGAGGUCAUCACGGUUACUCUCCAUGGAGCCACCAAUCUGCCUGCCUGCAAGGAUGGCUCUGAGCCGUGGCCCUAUGUGAUAGUGAAAACCACAUCUGAGGAAGCGAAGAACCAGAGCUCCAAGGCGGUCACAUCUGUGCCCUCAGAGCCCACCAGAGCCCCCAUCUGGGGAGACACAGUCGAAGUGGAGAUCCAGGCUGAGGAUUCGGGGCAUGAAGCCCACAGAGUCUGAGAAAGCUGAUGAAGCCACUGGCAAGACCCAGCUCUACGCAACAGUCAUUCGGAAGGGCAGCUUCAUCCCCCGCUACAUUGGCCACAACCACACAGCUCUGGAGGUCUUUCUCCGGGGUGUCAACGAGCCCCUGGUCAACAACCAUGGCCCCUUGGUGGUCAUUGCCCGAGUGGUUCCCAACUACAAGGAGUUUCAAGUCAACUGGGUAAAGCAGGACCCGGCCUCCCUGGGGCUGCCCAUCACCCCACUCGCCUUCCCUAGCCCGUCUGUGAUGAACUUCGAUGUUCCUCAGGUCAGCCAGAAUGGGUUCCCUCAGCUGUCCGAGCCUGGGGGGCCCCCAGAGCUGCCCCUGUGGAAUCAGUCCUUCCUCUUCCAAGGCCGAGACGGAGCCACCAGCUUCUCAGAGGACACAGCCCUGGUGCUGGAGUACUAUUCCUCGUCUACAAUGAAAGGCAGUGAGCCAUGGACCCUCAACAAGCCCCUGGGCAUCUCCGUGUUGCCACUAAAGAGCCGUCUGUACCGCAAGAUCCUCACAGGGAAAGGCCUGAAUGGGCUGCGCGUGGAGAAGCUCCCCAUCACCCACACCAAGCUGAAAACCAUAAACGGUGAGGCCCCCACGGUAGACCUCUCCUUCCAGCUGCUUUCCUCCGAGAGGCCAGAAAACUUCUUGACACCAAACAACAGCAAGGUUCUGCCCAUCCUGGACCCCAAGAUCUUAGAUGAGAAGCUGGGUACCAUCCGUGAGUCCUGGUCCAAGGCCACGGUGAGCUCCACGAUUGGCUCCAGCACAUCCACCUCUCAGGAAGCAGAGGAAGAGCCUCAGCUGCCCAGGAUGUCCCAUGAAACGGAGAUGAACAACUACCGGCGGGCCAUGCAGAAGAUGGCAGAGGACAUCCUGUCGCUGCGGAAACAGACCAGUAUCCUGGAGGCAGAGAACCACAUGCUGAGGAGUCAGCUGACCCAGGAGGAGGUGGAAGAGGAGCCGAACAACACGGAGAGGGCCCGGAACCCAGCGUCCAUGAAGCAGAAACUGCUCCUGAGUGAGCUGGAAAUGAAGAAGCUGAGGGACAAGGUGCAGCAUCUGCAGAAUGAGCUGAUUCGAAAGAAUGAUAGAGAAAAGGAGCUGCUCCUCCUGCACCAGGCUCAACAGCCACAGGCGGCGUUGCUGAAGAGGUACCAGGACAAGCUGCAGAAGAUGAAGGCGCUGGAGGAGACCGUACGGCACCAGGAGAAGGUGAUCGAGAAGAUGGAGCGGGUGCUGGAGGACAAGCUGCGGGACAGGAAUGAGCCCCUGCAGAACAGGCUGCAGGGAAAGCCCAGCGUGGCCUUCCCCAUGCUCUCAGCCCCUGGCCUUCCCCCGGCUCCUACGGGAGAGAAUCUGCCUCUUGAUCUUUAUUCAAUGCUGCUGGCGGAAAACUCGAGGCUGCGGGCAGAGCUGGACAAGAACCGCCACCAGUCAGCACCCAUCAUUCUGCAGCAGCAGGCCCUGCCGGUGGACCCUGGGGAGUUGGGACCAAGAGGAGACCUGGCAGAGAGGCUGCAAGAGACAGAUGGCCCAGGCCACUCCAAGGGCAGCCUGCCCGCACAGGAUCUCCUUGCCAAUAAUUCAGACAAGUUUAACCUCCUGGCCAAGCUGGAACGCGCUCAGAGCCGGAUUAUUUCCCUGGAAAGCCAGUUAGAGGAAUCAGCUCGGCGCUGGGGACGAGAGAAGCAGGACUUGGCCACACGGCUGCAGGAGCAAGAAUACGGCUUGAGGCACCCCUCAAACACCAUCACCGCAGACCUGCCCCCCAAUAGCAUCCUGCCUGUCUCAGAAGCUACCGUCUUCGGAGAGCCAAAGGCCACAGUGGAUCCAGGAAAGGCGGGGUGGGGCGUAGAAGAGGCCUCCCAAAGCAGGAACCAGGGAGACAGCCCUGGAGGUCCCCAGAAGGACUGAGACUGCCAGAGGCCAGCUUUGUCGGGAGGUGUGAGGGAUGUUGGGACUUUCUACCUGCCCCCAAACAUCUUACAUAUCUGAAAUCCCUUCUUUCAAGUUUGGUUUAUCUGUUUCUUGGGAAGGGAAAGACUUGAAAUGAAGCCUGCUUGUGACAACAGUUACAUGUUAGUGUGAAAUACCCCAUUCACCAGGGCUAGGCUGAGCUGGCAGUGUUGUGUCCAAAUGUAGCCAGGGACAGAAAAGCAGAUGGAGCCAGAGGAAGGAGCCCUCUAC